UCGGACGGCCCACCGGUAGCGCCUGUUGGCUAGGGGCGGGGGCUCGGGGGACUAGGCCCUCCCCCAGCCCUCCAGGCUCCAGUACGGGCUUCUGCCCGGAGGGCGGCCACUUCCCAACCCUCCCUCUCCCCCUGCUGGCCGAGCGCGCCGCGGGCGGACUCCGGGGCCCAGCGCUGCCCGCCUCCAACCCGGCGCCCCGUUUCUCCUCCCGGCCGCUCUCCCCCGCAACUUUCCGUGCUUUGUUCUCCGGCUGGAAAUGAUUUACGGAAGCGUCUUGGACAGGGUCUCCGCCAGGCGGCAAGAGCCCAGCGCUGAGAUGUGUUACGUUCUCAUCUGCCCAUCAAUUAUGGAUGGAAACAAAUAAGGAAGAGUCAAUUUUGCAUGAGCCUCUUCUCCGGCGGCGAGAGGCAUUCUGCAGCCCGGAGGGAGCCGCCGCUCGCGUCGGCAGCCGCUGGCAGGGGGAUGGUGAGGCGGAAGCUAAGUGGGAUUUCUGAGGAGGGGCUGCUCUGAUUUCAUCUUGGCCCACCAUGAGGUUCUUCCUGCUUUGUGCCUACAUGCUGCUUCUGAUGAUUUCCCAGUUGAGAGCAGUCAGCUUUCCUGAAGACGAUGAACCCCUUAAUACUGUUGACUAUCACUAUUCAAGGCAAUAUCCAGUUUUUAGAGGACGCCCUUCAGGCAAUGAAUCACAGCAUAGGCUGGACUUUCAGCUGAUGUUGAAAAUUCGAGACACACUUUAUAUUGCUGGCAGGGAUCAAGUAUACACAGUAAACUUAAAUGAAAUCCCCAAAACAGAAAUAAUACCAAACAAGAAACUGACAUGGCGGUCAAGACAACAGGAUCGAGAAAACUGUGCUAUGAAAGGCAAACAUAAGGAUGAAUGCCACAACUUUAUUAAAGUAUUUGUUCCGAGAAACGAUGAGAUGGUUUUUGUUUGUGGCACCAAUGCUUUUAAUCCCAUGUGUAGAUACUAUAGGUUGAAUACCUUAGAGUAUGAUGGGGAAGAAAUUAGUGGCUUGGCAAGGUGCCCAUUUGAUGCCAGACAAACCAAUGUUGCCCUUUUUGCUGAUGGGAAGCUGUAUUCUGCCACAGUGGCUGACUUCUUGGCCAGUGAUGCUGUUAUUUAUCGAAGCAUGGGCGAUGGAUCUGCCCUUCGUACUAUAAAAUAUGAUUCCAAGUGGAUCAAAGAGCCACACUUUCUUCAUGCCAUAGAAUAUGGAAACUAUGUCUAUUUCUUCUUUCGAGAAAUUGCUGUAGAACAUAAUAAUUUAGGCAAGGCUGUAUAUUCCCGUGUGGCCCGCAUAUGUAAAAACGACAUGGGUGGCUCCCAGCGGGUCCUGGAGAAACACUGGACUUCAUUUCUGAAGGCUCGGCUUAACUGUUCUGUCCCCGGAGAUUCAUUUUUCUACUUUGAUGUUCUGCAGUCUGUCACAGACAUAAUACAAAUCAAUGGCAUCCCCACUGUGGUGGGGGUGUUUACCACACAGCUCAACAGUAUUCCUGGUUCUGCAGUCUGUGCAUUUAGCAUGGAUGACAUUGAAAAAGUAUUCAGAGGACGGUUUAAAGAACAGAAAACUCCAGAUUCUGUUUGGACAGCAGUCCCUGAAGACAAAGUACCAAAGCCAAGGCCUGGCUGUUGUGCAAAGCAUGGGCUUGCCGAAGCUUAUAAAACCUCCAUCGAUUUCCCCGAUGAAACCCUGUCGUUCAUUAAAUCCCACCCCCUGAUGGACUCUGCCGUCCCACCCAUUGCCGACGAGCCCUGGUUCACAAAGACUCGGAUCAGGUACAGACUGACGGCCAUUGCCGUUGACCAUUCUGCUGGACCCCACCAGAACUACACAGUCAUCUUUGUUGGCUCGGAAGCUGGAAUGGUACUUAAAGUUUUGGCAAAGACCAGUCCUUUCUCUUUGAAUGACAGCGUGUUACUGGAAGAGAUUGAAGCGUACAACCUUGCAAAGUGCAAUGCUGAGAAUGAGGAGGACAGAAAGGUCAUCUCACUCCAGUUGGAUAAAGAUCAUCAUGCUUUAUAUGUGGCGUUCUCUAGCUGUGUUAUCCGCAUCCCCCUCAGUCGCUGUGAGCGUUAUGGAUCAUGUAAAAAGUCUUGUAUUGCAUCUCGAGACCCGUACUGUGGCUGGUUAAGCCCAGGGGCCUGUGGUGAAGUGACCCCAGGGAUGCUCGCUGGAGGAUUUGAACAGGACACGGAAUAUGGCAACACAGCCCAUCUGGGGGACUGCCAUGAAAUUUUGCCUACUUCAACUACACCAGAUUACAAAAUAUUUGGAGGUCCAACAUCUGACAUGGAGGUAUCUUCAUCUUCUGUUACCACAAUGGCAAGUAUCCCAGAAAUUACACCUAAAGUGAUUGAUACCUGGAGACCUAAACUGACCAGCUCCCGGAAAUUUGUAGUUCAAGAUGACCCAAACACUUCUGAUUUUACUGAUCCUUUAUCAGGUAUCCCAAAGGGUGUACGAUGGGAAGUCCAAUCUGGAGAGUCUAACCAGAUGGUCCACAUGAAUGUCCUCAUCACCUGUGUCUUUGCAGCUUUUGUUUUGGGUGCAUUCAUUGCAGGUGUGGCAGUAUACUGCUAUCGUGACAUGUUUGUUCGGAAAAACAGAAAGAUCCAUAAAGAUGCAGAAUCUGCCCAGUCGUGCACAGACUCCAGUGGAAGUUUUGCCAAGCUGAAUGGUCUCUUUGACAGCCCAGUCAAGGAAUAUCAACAGAAUAUAGAUUCUCCCAAAUUGUAUAGUAACCUGCUGACCAGUCGGAAAGAGCUGCCACCCAGUGGAGAUACGAAAUCCAUGGUCAUGGACCAUCGAGGCCAACCUCCCGAGCUGGCUGCUCUCCCGACACCUGAGUCUACACCUGUGCUUCACCAGAAGACCCUGCAGGCCAUGAAGAGCCACUCAGACAAGGCCCACAACCAUGGGGCUUCAAGGAAAGAAACCCCCCAGUUUUUUCCUUCUAGUCCUCCACCCCAUUCCCCACUAAGUCAUGGACAUAUCCCCAGCGCCAUUGUCCUUCCUAAUGCUACCCAUGACUACAACACAUCUUUCUCAAACUCCAAUGCUCACAAAGCUGAAAAGAAACUUCAAAACAUUGACCACCCUCUUACAAAGUCAUCCAGUAAAAGAGACCACCGGCGUUCUGUGGAUUCCAGAAAUACCCUCAACGAUCUCCUGAAGCAUCUAAAUGACCCAAAUAGUAACCCCAAAGCCAUCAUGGGAGACAUCCAAAUGGCCCACCAGACCCUAAUGCUGGAUCCCGUGGGACCUAUGUCUGAGGUCCCGCCCAAGGUCCCUAACCGCGAGGCAUCACUCUACUCUCCUCCCUCCACUCUCCCCAGAAAUAGCCCAACCAAGCGAGUGGACGUCCCCACCACUCCUGGCGUCCCAAUGACUUCUCUGGAAAGACAAAGGGGUUAUCAUAAAAAUUCCUCCCAGAGGCACUCUAUAUCGGCUAUGCCUAAAAACUUAAGUUCACCAAAUGGUGUUUUGUUAUCUAGACAGCCUAGUAUGAACCGUGGAGGCUACAUGCCGACCCCCGCAGGGGCAAAGGUGGACUAUAUUCAGGGAACACCGGUGAGUGUUCAUCUGCAGCCUUCCCUCUCCAGACAGAGCAGCUACACCAGUAAUGGCACCCUUCCCAGGACGGGACUAAAGAGGACACCGUCCUUAAAACCUGACGUACCACCAAAGCCUUCAUUUGUUCCCCAAACCACAUCUGUCAGACCACUGAACAAAUAUACUUACUAGGCCUCAAGUGUGCUCUUCCCCAUGUGGCUUUAUCCUGUCCAUGUUGUUGAGAGGAUGAUGUUGUAAGGGUACCUUAAGACAAGAGACUCGCUUGUAUUUUAAGAGAAACAAGUGGCCAAAGAAACUCUUCCUAACUUUGGCAACAUCAGAGCUUGCCAUACGUAGCUACUGCAGCAAGGCUUCUGUGUACUUGCCUGAAAACAAAGGAAAGUGCUGGUCAUUCCAUUUCUUUUGUUUGAAACUAAAGAGAUAUGUGGCUCCGAGGGGCUACCUGUAACCAGUAUAAAGAGCUGAUACAGUGCUCAGAAGAAUCUGUCUGUGAGCAAAUACUUGAAAAUGGGUUCAACUUAGACUGCCAUUCUGUGUGGUCUUCCCAUUAAAUGUGAACAUUUUAAUAUGUAUGCAUUCACCUUGCCUCUUGCACAAAUGUCAAAAAACAAUGGUAAUGUCUCAAAGAAAAGAAGUUGUAGAUUACCAAACAAUUUGCUAAAAAUUCAGUCUUUGACCCAAACUGUAGCAUUUUUUUAUGUGUGGCAUUUUUUUCAUGCCACCAAGGAACUGUGUUGCGUGUGCAUGUGUGUGCGUGUGUGUGUGUGUGCGCGCGUGUGUGUGUGUGUGUGUGUGUGUGUGUUCUGUCCCCAUUAGGAUUUGUUUAGGUGCCCAUUGCAUCUUUUAGUGCUAUGGAGUUGUUUACAUCGCACAUGACUGAACAAGAGACAAUAACUUCUUCCCACAGCAGUCCAUGGGGUUCAGCUUUGAGAAAGAAAGAAAACGGUCAAAAUGAUUAACUUGACUUACGUGUUACCCAAUGCCAGAAUGUAAGAGUUCUAAGUAAUUUUGUGCUGCUAUUCACUAAAACUUCUAUAACAGUCUUGCCAGCUUAAGGAGAUGGAGAUGAUAAGAGGUAUCCUUGAUUUAUCCACCAGUAUUCAGUAGUAAAAUUCACCUGUCCACUGUGAAUCCAAGCCCGAAUCACUCUACUUAACCUUGGACACACUAACGAGGUUUAAUUUUGAUUGUGUUUGGUUCCUCCCAUGUAGUAAAAUUCCUCUUCUUUUAACUCCCUCUAACCCCAAGACAAAACAAACAAAAAAACCAAAAA